AUGACAUCUCAAUCCGUAUUUACAUGGCUAUUUCUGCAAUAUCUAUUUACGUCCCUAAGUGCCGCUGUUGGUUAGUGUGAGGAAAAUAAGGCUCUUUUUCCUGAGUGACGUCCUCCCUCCUCUGUCUGGUGCGUUAUUAGACCUCUGUUUUAAUCGCAACUAUAGACUGACAAAGCCACCCGCCCAGCAUUCAGGAAUGAGCCUCUGACCAAACUCUUGUUCGGAUCUUGACACGGUGGUUUUGUUUUUCCAUUCGGAUUUUGCGAGGGCUCUCGCCAUGAUGGGCGUUCUUUGUUGUGUGCCCGAAAGAAAAUCUUUAUCAUGGUGGCCGCUGCUUCUCUGCAUCUGCGUCGCAGAAAUGGCUCUCGGACAGGUCCGCUAUUCUAUACCUGAGGAGAUGGCGACGGGCUCCGUGGUCGGCAAUAUCAUUCAGGAUUUAGGCUUGGAUGUUAAACGACUGAAAUCUGGGCGUGCUAGGAUAUUUACCGAGGACGGCAGUGAGUACAUUGGUCUGAAUGCAGAAAAGGGAACGCUGGUAGUGGCUAAAAGGAUCGACAGAGAAGAUCUGUGCAAGCAAGUGUCUCCCUGCUCUCUUCAUUUCCAAAUUAUCCUUGAGAAUCCAAUGGAGUUGCAUCGAAUUGAUGUAGAGAUUACAGAUAUUAAUGAUAAUGCUCCCUUCUUUUCGAAAAGGGAAUACAAUUUCCAGGUUAGUGAAUCAGCCUCACCAGGGGCUCGCUAUUCUCUUGAGAGUGCUAAAGAUCCCGAUGUAGCUCAUAAUACUAUUCAAUCAUACAAACUUAAUCCUACAGAUAAUUUCAAAUUAAAUAUAGUUUCUCGGCCUGAUGGAACGAAAUAUAUUGAAAUGGUUCUUCACACGUCUCUCGACAGAGAAAAACAAGAGGAGCAUAAAUUAACUCUGACAGCAUUUGACGGAGGAAGUCCUCAAAAAUCGGGUUCUGUCAAAAUUAAUGUCAUUGUUUUGGAUGCAAAUGACAAUGCACCAGUAUUCAGUCAGUCUGUUUACAGGGUAACAGUUCCAGAAAACGCUUCUCGGGGCACUGUUCUCGUAAAAGUCAGCGCCACUGAUAAUGAUAAAGGAGCAAACGAUGAGGUAGUGUACUCCUUCUCUCAGCACACCGAUAGCGCAUCAUCCCUUUUUAAUAUUGAUCCCCAUACCGGGGAAAUGACUGUAACUGGUGUGUUAGAUUAUGAAAAGGCAAAGCAUUAUGAAAUAGACAUUGAAGCUACAGACAAAGGAGGCUUGGCUGACACAAGUAAAGUGCUGAUUGAAGUGACCGACCUAAAUGAUAACGCCCCUGUCAUAAGCAUUAUUUCCCUCUCCAACCCCAUACCAGAGGAUUCAGCUCCAGACACUGUUAUAGCGAUGCUCAAUAUCAAAGACUUGGACUCAGAUAAAAAUGGCCAAGUUAAGUGUUUUAUUAGCAGAGAUUUACCUUUUAAAAUCAAGUCAUCAUCCUCUAAUUUUUAUAGCCUGAUGUCUGACGAUGUUCUGGACCGUGAAACGGUGCCUGAAUAUAAUAUAACAAUAACAGCAAUGGACGAGGGAUCCCCGCCUUAUUACACAAAUAAGACUAUUAAUCUAAAAAUAUCGGACGUUAACGACCACGCCCCAGUGUUCCCACAACCAUUUAGGACCGCUUUCAUCACUGAAAAUAAUUCACCUGGCAUCUCAAUCCUCUCUGUCAAAGCCAGUGACAAAGACUCAGGGAACAAUGCGCGCAUUUCAUACUUCCUUGAGGAUAGCCAGCUGAAUGGGAUGUCAGCCUCCGCUUAUUUUUCAGUCAAUGCAGAGAGUGGAGAGAUACUUGCUGUGCGUUCUUUUGACUAUGAGCAAACAAAAGAGUUUCAUAUUCGCGUCAAAGCGCAGGAUGGAGGCUCCCCUCCACUCAGCAGCAAUCUGACUGUGAAAAUACUGAUCCAGGACCAGAACGACAACCCUCCUCAGGUGCUGUACCCAGUGCAGACUGGUGGCUCUGUGGUGGCUGAAAUGGUGCCUCGUUCAGCAGAUGUGGGCUAUCUGGUGACUAAAGUGGUGGCUGUUGAUGUGGACUCUGGACAGAAUGCCUGGCUGUCCUAUAAACUGCAGAAAGCCACAGACAGGGCGCUGUUUGAAGUGGGCUUACAGAAUGGAGAAAUCAGAACUAUCCGCCAAGUGAGUGAUAAAGAUGCUGUCAAACAAAGACUGAGUGUUAUAGUGGAGGACAACGGGCAGCCCUCUCGUUCAGCUACAGUCAUUGUUAACGUGGCGGUGGCGGACAGCUUCCCUGAAGUGCUGUCUGAGUUCACUGACUUUCCACACGACAAGGAGUACAAUGACAACCUGACUUUUUACUUAGUCUUGGCUUUGGCUGUAGUUUCCUUCCUCUUCAUCACGUGUUUGGUGGUUAUUGUAUCAGUGAAAGUCUACAGGUGGAGACGCGAGCGCGCGUUUUACAAAUCCAGUGGUAAUCUUCCUGUUAUUCCAUAUUACCCGCCCCUUUACGCAGACGUAGGCACCGGUACGCUGAAGCAGGGGUUCAGUUAUGAGGUGUACGGAACUACUGACUCCCGGAAGAGUGAUGUCAAGUGCUCCCGACCCUUCAGUCAGAGCACUCUGACUGUUGAUCAUAGUGGUACCAGGACAGUGCCAAGACAUAACACACAGUCAGAGAAUAUGCUCACAGAGGUGAGAUCAACCUCUUUCUUGUUUCCCUGA